UGUGACGUCAGACAGCAGACCUGGGGUCAGGUGACACGGAUGACGCCGACAGCUCAGCAGGAAAACGACACGAUAGAAGCACCGUGCUCCCUGAGGAAGGAGGUGAGGAAGCAUCCAGUCUUCAGGAGGAAGUUCCAGUUCUCGGUGCCGGUUCUUCAGUGGGCUGAGAGUUUCGCCAGACCGACCUGGGAGCAGCUGAAGAAGCGCAAACCUCCGUACGGCUGGAAGGAACUUCCUGUUAACGUCCUCGACUCCACCCUCUCCCUUCUUAAAAGCUCCGAUCUCUUUGAUGGCCGCUCCCCUGGCAGGUGCAUCCGGUGUGCCGUGGUGGGAAACGGAGGUAUCCUCCGAGGGUCCCGGCAGGGGAUGAACAUCGACAGUCACGACUUUGUCUUCAGAAUGAACGGGGCAGUGAUCACAGGCUUUGAGGAAGACGUGGGCACGAGGACUUCCUUCUACGGCUUCACCACCAACACCUUGAAGCACGCGCUGAGCUGGUACCACGACGACGGCUUCACCGAAAUCCCUCAGAGCCCGGAGACCAAAUACAUCUUCAUCCCAUCAGACCUCAGAGAUUACGUGAUGAUAGCCGCUGCUAUUCGGGGACAGACUGUCAGCUUGGGCACAGAUAGAGGAGACAGACCCUGGGAGCAUUUUGGCCACCAAGCAGCUGAAAACUUCAGGCUCCUCCACCCAGGCUUCAUCUCCUACGUGACACACAAAUUCCUGUCAUCGCCUCGGCUGGCUGAUGUCAGGGUUCGUGAGAUGUACAUGCCGAGCACUGGUGCUCUGAUGCUGAUGACUGCCUUACACACCUGUGACCAGGUUUCUGCCUUCGGUUUCCUCACCAGGAACUACGCAUCGUUCUCCGAUCAUUACUACGACUCCGUGUGGAGGCCUCUGAAGUUCUACGCCAACCACGACCUGCCGAUGGAGGGCGAGCUGUGGGAGGAGCUGUACCGUCACAGGAUCAUCAUGCUGUACCAGAGGAGCGCAGACAGCUGAGGGAGGCGCAGAAGAGGCUCCACUCCUGAGCUGGUUUUUGUGGGGACCUGAAACCUUCUCACAGUUUCGGUGUUUCCUGAAGAGAAACAAAAAGUUUCACAUUCAGGUUUUUCUUUGUUUUACCCCAGAAAAUAUUUAGAGAAGAAAAUCAUUAAAAAUUAAGGAGGUUCUGAGCUUCAUGAUUUCUUAUCAAAGUGGACACACGAGGCUGAAUUCAGUUCAUCACAGACAAACCUUCCUUCCUAUUUUAUUCUAUUAUUUAUUGUACUUUAUUCUAUUGUAUAUAGUAUUUUAUUCUAUUUGAUCUUUUUCUAUUCCAUUGUUUUUGUCUUAAUUUUUGCUGCUCUUAGCUUGUACUGUCCACUUUCUGCCGUGACCAAAACAUUUCCCACGGGUGGGACUAAUAAAGCGUUAUCUUAUCUU